ACCUUCUCCAGUCAGGACAUCGCCUCCACGUCGACAGCUGUGCAAGCACCGUACUCGGAUAUCACGCACCGCUUCCCCACAGUAACAACGGAAACAUGAAGGCUCUCUUGCCACUGCUGACUCUAUUCAUUGUUAUCGCUGUUGUGGCGGCUGGCUACGGAGGAUAUGGCUACGGAGGAUACGGCGGCUACGGUGGCCUUGGCGGCUACGGAGGAUAUGGUGGAUAUGGAGGCUACGGCGGCUACGGUGGAUAUGGCGGCUACGGGGGAUAUGGUGGAUACGGCGGCUACGGCGGCUACGGUGGAUAUGGCGGCUACGGUCGUGGCGGUUAUGGUGGAUACGGCGGCUAUGGUGGUUACGGAGGCUAUGGAGGUUAUGGCCAUGGUUACUACGGAUAGACAUAACUGAGGAGUGUAUUUAUUGUAAAUAAAGGUAACUAGCAAUGAC